CAAACUCGGCCGCAAAACCAAACCUCCACUAAUUUUCUAUGUCUUUUCAUUUUCAAUUUUUCGAUUCUGUGAUUUUAUUUUUUUUUUCGCUUAACUGAAGAUUGAAAUAAAUUUUUAUCACGGCCGUUGAUUAUAAACCACCAUCCGUCAUUGGCAACGAUGCUACAGAACGCAUACCAAACACCACAGCACGUUGAAGAUCGCAAUUCCACUAAGCAAGCACCGUGAGAGUAAGCAAUAUAAGAAAUUGAUGAAUUCAUUGAAAUAAACGAUUGUUAGCAACUUUCAUAUUGGUUUCAGUUUUCUAGAGAAAAAGCAUUCGCUCAGAGGAUUGCCAUGUCGGAAAGCGAGUCGUUGGUUGCUGGUCGCUCGAGACGAGCAAAUGCCGGUAAUAAGUUACGGGAUUUACUAGAAAAAGAACAUUUAAGGGCUUCUGUAGAAGAAGAAUCGGAAAAAGAAGAUGAAGAGUAUAGCUUCGAAAGAGAAGUCGACGCUGAGCGUGAUAUUGAUAUCUCAAGUGAAGACAGCGAAUCGGAAGAAGGUGAAGAAGAGCAGCAAGUGGAAUUAGCACAAAAAGAAGAGAAGUUGCUUCGUCAAGAAGAAAAAUCAGAGAAACGACGUUUACAAAGGAGUCGAAUCACCAACCUACAGAAAUCUCUUGGAACUCCCAAAAUAAGAGUACCAGAAAAGAAUGAGCCAGGAAUAGGAAAAAAAACAUACAAGAAACAAAAAUUGGAUCCUUCUUCUAGAAGGACUAGUUCUAGAAUGCAUACGAUUCGUAUGACACAAUCUACUGAACAUAGGCUGCAAGAAGCUCGGCCAAGAAGAAAGUAUACAGUUCAUGCCGGUGGUGAUCGAACAAAGUUUAGACUGACACAACAGCAACGAUUAGAAGAGGCUGCGAAAACAGAAGCUUUCAAUAUCGGUUCGUUGCGAAAUUAUGUCAAUUAUGAAGAACAACGAAAGCUUCGAUUACGAAGAAGUGCUGCAAAGCACCGACGGCUUCAAGGUCCAGUAUUGAAGUUUAUUACCAAAACAGAAUCCUCGGAAAACCAAAAAGAAGUUGGGAAUUAUUACGUGGCUCCUCCUGAACAUCCUCUUGGCCAAGGUCCAAUGGAGACAUCUCCUUUGCCGGAUAAUGUUCUUGCGGAAUGUGCAAUUACGGGAAAAAGAGCCAUCUACAUGGAUCCUUUGACAAGAUUACCCUUUGCAAAUGCUGCUGCAUUUCAAGAGUUACGCGAUGUUUACCGUCAAAAGUAUGCUUGGAGUGCAUUGUUAAACAUCUUUCAUUAGUGGCAUUUCUUUGUUGUUUUGUUUUUAUUUUAUGUUUUUUGAAUUGCAUAGCUUGUAUAACAUCUUACUUUAGCCUUCAUUAAUGGGAACAUAUUUAUAGUCAACGAGUGAAUAGAAACGGUUCAUGAUCUGAUGAUACAAAAAUAUUAAAAACGUAUAUUAAUAGGUG